CGGCGCAUCCCGUGAGUGGACCGCAGCGGGGAUUGUGGGAAGUGUAGUUUGGAGACCCCGCCUUCUUCGCCAUUCCUCUAAUGGCUGCUUCCGGGAAGGCUCUGUCACGUGAAGCCUCUUAGCCUCAGCGAUCCGGAACUCCAGGAAGGAACGAUUUCGAAUCAGAGAGGAUUAUACGUAAUUUUUUUUUUCUUUUUUUGAAACCUUCAGUCCUCGAGAUCCAGAUACCUGAAGAUCCCAACAUCAUGACCUCAGUUUCAACACAGUUGCUCUUGGUCCUCAUUUCACUGCUUUUGGUGCUGCCAGUUGUUGAAGCAGUAGAAGCUGGAGAUGCAAUCGCUCUCUUGCUAGGGGUGGCUCUCAGCAUUACAGGCAUUUGUGCUUGUUUGGGGGUAUAUGCACGAAAGAGGAAUGGACAGAUGUGAUUGUGAUGGGCCUUCUGCAUCGAACCUUGCCCGGAAAACCUUUGUGUUACUGAGGUUAAAAACUGAGCUUUAAAGUCUAAAAGUUCCCAAGAAACAUGGUAUUUUCACAUUCUUGUCUCCCUGUAAAUGGGAACAAAUUAAUAUAUGUUAAAUGGGGGGGGGGACCUACAAAAAAUAGUGCACUGAAAAAAAGCAGUCUAUAAUUCAUAUAUGUUAGUUAAAGGGUCAAAGAAGUCAGAUGAUUGAAAUUUACACAUUAUUUCAUAGUUUCUCAGAAUUCUUAAAGUGCAUGAAGUAGGAACAAGGAAACCCUUGCCCAGAAUCCUAGGAAAUUGCCAGUUCCUCCAUCAUUGAGGAGUCUUUUUCAUAUUUUUAUUAGAUUUUUGUUUUGUUAAUUCCCAACUUAAUAUUGUAUUUAGAAAUCAAAUAUAGUCAGAAAUUAAAAUUUUUAUUUCUUUGGUGGAGAAGGUAAUAAAAAUGUAUUCAGUGUAUUUGAUGUUAAAAUUUAGAGAAUAUUUAAUGUAAAAAAAUACUUUAUAUUGACAUUGAAAUGGGGAAGAGAUUUAAUGUUACAAAAAAAACCUUUAUAUUAACUGAAUAAUAUCUCCAUGAUGAGAAGUACUAUAUUAAAUAUAAACUGUUAUGUUUUAA